AUGCCUUGUGGCGAGGGCGUCAGGCCGGGGGGCAUUUAUUAUGAUAAGGGAACGCUCCGGGUCUCAAAUGACACCGACUUGGAAUCCAAUUACCUCAUCGCCACCACCAACGUCACCGAAUGGAUCAGAAGGUCAUCCCGCGAUGACAGAUUCAUGCCCCAGUGGUCCUUUUCGUUCGACUCUUGUGGAGACGAUGUUUUGACCAGAGGGCAUCUGAUGUUCAACAUCGCGACCGAGGAGGUCAUAACAUACGAACCGGGCGAGAUCCAUCGGGUUAUGGACGUCCCAGGGUGCCCCGAGCUUGGAGCGAUCAUCCAACUUCGGGAUAACGCGACGGCGUCCCAAUGCCCCCUGGGCGAGGUAGUCGAGGCCGCGGAAGAUGUGCUACGCCCAGGUCACUCGAGGUGCAUACAGCAGCAUUCUGAGCCACGCAUCUAG